GAUCGACUUGCUCCCUCGCUCGCACACCAAACUCGCAUGCACUCAGUCAGACCUCUGCAACUUUUGCAGACUCCUCACUCCACAGACAUGUCGCACAAUAGCUGAAAGUCAACCUAUCAUCGUGGCUCGUCUUGGGAGCCCGCAGAGAGCAACCCGCGCUGGUGGGCUCAUGUGGAUCGCGGUCGGAACCACCGCUUGAAAGACGCCUCACGCUGGAUGGGAAUUAGGAGGCUUUUCGUCACUGAUGAACCGGGCCAGUAAUGCAGGAGACCGACGCGGCGCUCUCAUCUCUCGUACAAGAUGGCAGAUUUUUAUUGAGUUUUGAGCGGACGCUUCUAUUUAUUGUUUGCCAUGAAUAACAGAAACCCUUGCACCGAUGGCCCCUGUAUACGAAGGUAUGGCCUCGCAAGUGCAAGUGUUCUCCCCUCACACUCUUCCAUCAAGUGCCUUCUUUAGCGUGAAGAAACUGAAGGUGGAGCAGAGUUGCAACUGGGAUAUGACAGGGUACGGCACACACAGCAAAGUCUACAGCCACAACAGCAGCAAGAACGUGUCGGCCGUGAGCGGCCCCCUCGGAAUUAGCAGCUCCCUGCAGGUCGCCGGCUCCACCUUGCCGUACGAGCAGGCGCUCAUCUUCCCAGCGAGUGCGGGCCACAUUGUGGUCGCAUCAGCCAGUAGCACUUCGGGGGGCGUCGGCGCUUUGCUGGGCAACGGGGGUGGAGGCAGUAACGGCAGCGGAGGGGGUGGCUCUGGCGGCGUUGUUGGGGUUCACAAUCUGAUUCGCCGCAGCACGGUCAGUCUCCUGGACACCUACCAGCGAUGUGGGCUUAAACGCAAGAGCGAAGAGCUAGACCACAACAGCAGUGUGCAGAUAAUCGAGGAGCACGGUCCGCUGAUGAUCCAGAACGGAGCAGCCAGUGGCGCCACGGUGGCUGCAGUGGCCACUGCGGCCUCCACGGCCACAUCCAAGAACAGCGGCUCCAACAAUGAGGGGGACUACCAACUGGUGCAGCAUGAGUUACUCUGCUCCAUGACCAAUACAUAUGAAGUGCUGGAAUUCUUGGGACGGGGAACAUUCGGACAGGUGGUGAAGUGCUGGAAGAGAGGCACCAACGAGAUUGUGGCCAUCAAGAUCCUAAAAAACCACCCGUCGUACGCCAGGCAGGGUCAGAUCGAGGUCAGCAUCCUGGCGCGUCUUAGCACAGAGAGCGCAGAUGAUUUCAACUUUGUGAGAGCCUAUGAGUGCUUCCAGCAUAAGAACCACACGUGCCUGGUGUUUGAGAUGCUAGAGCAGAACCUGUACGACUUCCUGAAGCAGAACAAGUUCAGCCCGCUGCCGCUCAAGUACAUCAGACCCGUUUUGCAGCAGGUGGCUUCGGCGCUGAUGAAGCUGAAGAGUCUCGGUCUGAUCCAUGCUGAUCUGAAGCCGGAAAACAUCAUGCUCGUAGAUCCAUCUCGGCAGCCCUAUAGAGUCAAAGUCAUUGACUUUGGCUCAGCCAGCCAUGUCUCCAAAGCUGUCUGCUCCACGUAUCUACAGUCCAGAUACUACAGAGCUCCAGAAAUCAUCCUGGGCCUGCCGUUCUGUGAGGCCAUAGAUAUGUGGUCCCUAGGCUGUGUGAUAGCUGAGCUCUUCUUGGGAUGGCCACUCUACCCUGGAGCCUCAGAGUACGAUCAGAUCCGAUACAUCUCACAGACUCAGGGUCUGCCUGCAGAGUAUCUGUUGAGCGCAGGGACAAAGACCACCAGGUUCUUCAACAGAGACCCUGACUCCACCUAUCCUUUGUGGAGACUUAAGACUCCUGAGGACCACGAGGUAGAAACAGGGAUCAAGUCCAAGGAGGCGCGCAAGUACAUCUUCAACUGCUUGGAUGAUAUGGCCCAGGUGAACAUGACGUCAGAUCUGGAGGGGAGCGACUUGCUGUCGGAGAAAGCCGACAGGAGGGAAUUCAUCGACUUGUUAACCAAGAUGCUGACCAUCGACGCGGACAAAAGAAUCACACCUAUUGAAACGCUCAACCACCCUUUUGUUACAAUGUCGCAUCUCCUCGAUUUCCCUCACAGCACUCAUGUGAAAUCAUGCUUCCAGAAUAUGGAGAUUUGUAAGCGCCGUGUUAACAUGUACGACACGGUCAACCAGAGCAAGACGCCCUUCAUCACCCACGUGGCCCCCAGCACCUCCACCAACCUCACCAUGACCUUCAAUAACCAGCUCAACACAGUGCACAGCCAGGCCACCAACCUGGCUCCCUCCUCCAACAACAAUUCCACCCUUUCCUUUGCAAGUCCUGAUGUCUCCAUACUAAACUACCAAUCUGCACUCUACCAGCCCUCCGCUGCCUCCAUGGCAGCUGUUGCCCAAAGGAGCCUGCCCCUGCAGACGGGGGCUCCUCAGCUCUGCACUACCCGGCCGGAUCCCUUCCAGCAGGCUCUCAUCGUCUGUCCUCCUGGCUUCCAAGGACUGCAGGCAUCACCUUCCAAGCACAACAGUUACUCCAUGCGGAUGGAGAAUGCUGUUCCCAUUGUGACACAGGCCCCCGGUGCGCAGCCUCUGCAGAUCCAACCAGGCCUCCUUACUCAGCAGGCUUGGCCCAGCGGCACCCAGCAGAUCCUGCUGCCUCCAGCCUGGCAGCAGCUCACUCACACCUCAGUUCAGCAUGCCGCCGUCAUUCCUGACUCCAUGAGCAGCACACAGCCUCUGACCAAUUGGAGGUAAACAACAUCAAUUCCUCAAUAAAUGUGUGACUUUAGAAAUGUUACACAAUAUGAAUAAAUACACUUAAUACGUGAAAAUAUUUCUAUUUGUUUUAAAACGGCCCUCAUUCCCAUGAAAGCACCAUUCGACUUAAACAUGGCUCAUGAGACCCUUUCCUGAUGUAAAAUAUUUGCAUUUCUCCAUCACAACGCAUGCAGAUUACCGGAGGUGAA